AUGAAGUUCAAAAUGGUUAGCUCUGCUUUGCUUUUUUUCAAUUUUACGCUUGCCUCCUCUCUGUCAGCAAUUUUCUUUAAAAGAAUAUUAAUUUACCAAAUCAGUAAUAUUAAGACAUUUAAAUUGCUUUUUUCAAUACAUCAGAUGGGUUUAAACAUUAAUAGAACUGCCAUGACAAACCUGACAGGUAAUGCGGAAAAUGAUAAUUCAAACAUGGGUAACUAUCGUAUAAACGAAAAUAAUGAUAGAACUGAUAUCGAUAUAAGUGACAAAUGGAUAUUAAUUGUUUGUUUUGUGGGCAUUUUUGGGUUUUUAGGGAUCAUAACAUUAGCGGAUUAUUUAAUGAAUAUUUGUUACAAAAAGAUAGGUAGAAGGAAGAGAGAAGUUAAAACAAUAUUUGAUUGCCAAAGCAGGGUAGAGGCAAACGGGUGUAUCUAAUUAAAAUUCUG